AUGGCUGCCCUCCUAAUACAUGCCCAGGCAAUGCAGAUGGUUCUCCUCAACGAACCCCUCUCCGGACGAGAAGCCCUGGAUCUAGGGUUAGUGGCGACACUCACCGAGCCGGGUCACACCUUGGAAGGUGCACUUGAUCUCGCUAAGCGGUUGGGGUCCCAAAGCCGCUCCGCUGUUAGAUUGGCGAAGGAGGCCAUCUGUAGAGCUGAUGAGCUGGGUCAGGAUGGGCAGUUCGAGCGGUCCCUGUACUAUGCGGCGUUUGGGACGAGGGAUAAGCGAGAAGGCGUGGCGGCGUUUCUGGAGAAGCGACCCCCGGUUUGGAAGCAUCUAGAGUGA